AUGAAAACCAAGGACAUCGCGUGGGAUAAGGUCGUAUACCAAGCCGUCGCCUUGGCACUUAUCCGCCGCGGAACCCCUCAAGAGGCUGUACAACUGCUGGAGGAGAGCGUCCGGCGUCUGGGAGACAGCCCGGAAGGGUACUUGGCCAUCAUUGACUUCUACAUCAACCGCCACUCGGACCAAGAUGCGAACGAGUCUUAG